GCGGCAGCCUGCAGACAGAGCGGAGGUGAAUGACACACUGACACACGGACACACACGGACUCACACGGGGACACACGGAGACACACGGGGACACACGGAGACACACGGACUCACACGGACCUCUGGUUGGACUCGGGUGUCAGAGCGAUGCCUGAAGGAUCCGUCAUCAUCUCGUCUGACGUCUCCAUGUCUGAAGAGUCGCCCCGCCUCUCUACCGCCUCUAUUAGCAGUAAUGAGCGGGCGCCAUCAGCCACGCCCUCUGACUCUGACCUGCCUUUGUCGGACCCUCGCCCUGUGAGCCUGAUCUCCACGCUGUCCUCAGGAUCCAGAGACGACAGCCUCGCCCCGCCGCCAUCCAGCCAAACCUCCGACCCCGACAUCAGCCCAGACCUGAGCCCCGCAGGGCACGGUGGCGAGGAGUCGAGGCCAUGCCCACCCUGUCACAGUAAGGGGUGGAGCCUCGGCCUCACCCAGAACAACAACAACAAAGAGUUGACGGCGAGUCGGGCCUCAAGGGGCCGGCAGCAGACGUCGCCGCUCAUGACCGGCAGCAUGACCCCGAACCCUAAGCUGACCUACCUAGACCGGGUCGUCAUGGAGAUCAUCGAGACCGAGAGGAUGUAUGUCAGAGACCUGCGCAUGAUCGUAGAGGAUUACCUGGCUCACAUCAUCGACUGCUCUAAUUUGUCGAUUCGUCCCGAGCAGGUUUGCUCUCUGUUUGGAAACAUCGAGGACAUUUACGAGUUCAAUAGCGAGCUGCUUCAGGCUCUCGACCUGUGUGACAACGACCCUGUCGCGGUCGCCCGCUGCUUCGUCAUGAAGAGCGAGUACUUUGAGAUCUACACUCAGUACUGCACCAACUACCCCAAUUCGGUGGCAGCGCUCACUGAUUGCAUGCGGAUUAAAUCUCUGGCAAAGUUUUUUCGGGAGCGUCAGGCACAGUUGAAGCGUUCGCUACCUUUGGGUUCUUACCUACUCAAACCUGUUCAGAGGAUCCUCAAAUACCACCUGCUGCUCCAGGAGAUAGCGAAGCACUUUGACCCUGAGGAGGAGGGGUAUGAGGUGGUGGAGGAGGCGAUCUACACGAUGACGGGCGUGGCCUGGUACAUCAACGACAUGAAGAGGAAACAUGAACAUGCCGUCAGGCUGCAGGAGGUUCAGUCUCUGCUGUUGAACUGGAAAGGUCCUGACCUCACCACGUACGGAGAACUGGUUCUGGAGGGAACCUUCAAAGUUCAUCGAGCCAAGAACGAGAGAACACUGUUCCUGUUUGAUCGCGUGCUGCUAAUCACCAAACGCCGCGGAGAACACUACGUCUACAAAACGCACAUCUCAUGUUCCACUCUGAUGUUGAUCGAAAACGCCAAAGAUUCUCUGAGCUUCAGCGUCACUCAUUACAAACAUCCCAAACAACCGCACACCGUCCAGGCGAAGACGGUGGAGGAGAAGAAGCUGUGGGCUCAUCACAUCAAACGCAUCAUUCUGGAAAACCAUCACGCCAUCAUCCCACAGAAGGCUAAAGACGCCAUCUUGGAAAUGGAUUCCAUCUAUCCUCCCAGAUAUCGGUACAGCCCAGAGCGUCGCAAGAAGGCUGCGUCCUCUCAGUGUAAAGACGGUCGCCGGGGACGACGUGAGUCAGAACCGAACAACCAGGUCCUAAAAUCAGUCGUCAGAGACAUCUUUCAGGUCUCAGACAGGGAGGGGGGGUCAGUGUUUGAGAGACGCCCUCUGCAGGCCACCAUCAGCGGCAACAUGCUGGAGUCCGGUCAGGAAGAGUCUGAGGUGGAAGGAUCAGCUGGGCUGGCGAGGGGGGGGGUGGAGGAGCGGCUGAUCUGCAGCAAGGAGGAGGAGGAGGAGGAGGAGAGUUUGUCUCUGCAGCGCCCUCGUCAGGCGGCGGACAGCGAGCUGGACGAGAUCGUUCUGGAGGACGACCAGGUAGACGACUUCACCAGCUCCAUGCUCGCUGCCUUGGACUGCUGGCACCGUAGGUUCCAGAACUCUCCGUCCACCUCGGUGACGGACAGUGGCGGCGGCGACUUCUCAUCACUCGACUUGAACAUAGAAAAAGGACGACUUCUUGAAAAAGAUGGUGGAGCGGAAGCGACGUCUGAGCAGCUGUCCACCGAUGAGCUGCUGCAGGAAAAGACGUCAGAAUCUGGACUGAUAGAAAACGCUGAACCAGACUUUUCGGAUCUGGAGCCUCCUGUGAUCUCAGUGUCUCCUCAGAGUUCAGAAGAACUGAAACCUGAAGGAGAUCCAGCCCCCACAGAGGAACCGCUGUCCGCCACGCCAGAUUCAGAUUCAAGAACCUUGAGCAGUGCGGAAUCAUCUGAAGAAGAGGAGGAUGACAAGAAGGUGUCGGAGAAAGAGGAUGAAGCCACAAGUAUUCUUCCAUCUUCUGUUCUGGACAAAGCCAGCUCCAUCGCUCAGCACUUCACCAACAGCAUCAAACGAGGCAGUGCAACUCCAGACAAAGCCCGCUCCUUCGGCUUUGCUUCUCCACGGUUACCGAGCAGAACCAGCAGCAGCCUCAGCCUCAGUGCAGAACCCAUCGACCGACCUUUAAGGUUCAGCAGCGUCUGUUCUGAUGCUGCGGAGACUUUUCGAGCAACAGAUUUGACUCAGUUAUCUCCUCAGGACGACAGCCUUUUUGACGCCGAUAGAAGCAUUCAACGGAGGCGGGACUCCAUCCUGUCCAAACAGGACCAGCUGCUCAUUGGCAAAAUCAAGAGUUACUAUGAAUAUGCCGAGAGCCAGGACGCCACCUUCAGCCUCCAGCGCAGAGAGAGUCUGACAUACAUCCCAACUGGGCUUGUCAGGAGCUCGGUCAGCCGCCUUGACAGCAUCCCGAAGGAUAACCACGUCCAGACGAAUCCCUCCACCUUGACCACAUUCUCCAGUCUCGACCCAUCGUCAGUGGAGUCACAGUCCACCUUACCCACAGACACCAGCAGUCGCUUGGUUUCCAGUGACUCUUUAGACUCUUUAAAGUCUGAUCAGAGAAGCUCAGAUCCAGAAGAUUCAGAAGAAAGCCUCAGAUAUCAGAGCCUGCAGAAGAAUCCAUCUGAGGGUGAGGAGUUCAGACCCUCAUCUGAAAUGAUCAAGAUCUGGCAGGCGAUGGAGCGAGAGAUCACCAGAUCCCACAGCGACGACAGAGGCAGCGAAGUGCCGAGAAACUCCAGAGCAACUGACGCUGUCACAAAGAUCCCAAACAACACCUGUGAGCGAGAGAGUGAAGUGUCUGACCUCAGCACCAUCCCAGAAGAAUCAACGAGCCCUUCAACCCCCAAGCAAAAAUCCUCCGACGUGACUUGUACAGGAAGUCUGAAGGUUUUUAGGGAAGAGGCUGUCGUCCUCAGGGCUCCAGUUCUGCGAGUCACUCAACUGAGGGCAGAGGCAGAGAGGCCCCGCGAGGAUUCAAGCAAAGACAUGGACAAAAUGAAGAGCAAAGUCCUCCACCUGGCUCGCCAGUACAGCCAGCGAAUCAAAACAACCAAACCAGUGAUGCGACAGCGAAGUCAGGGCGUCUUGAUCAGCAAGAAGAGUUUACCCUGCGUGGUUGAGGAGACGGAGGGUUCAGGUAAAUCAGACCAGACCCUGGCGCUGGUUUCUCAGCUUAAGCCUUCUUCUCUAGAGCUGAGCCCCACCGACCAGACCCAGCCUCUGACCUCCAUCCUCACCUUCAGCUCAGGUAUGGCCUCCAUGGGUCCAGCUCCCUCCCGCAGCCCCCUGACUCCUCCUCCCAUCGAGGGCUUUAACUGGCCUGACGUCCGAGAACUCCGCUCCAAAUACUCUGACCAGAAGAGUCCCGUAGGCCGGAGUCACUCCAUCCCAGAGCAGAUGUUUGACGGGGGUGUGAGGAGACACUCCAGCUGCUCCUCCAGUCCCUUCUUCACCGAAGGAGCUUCUGGCGAGGGUCCUUCAUACAAGACUCGCCGCAGCCAGGACGCCAGACGGCGAGAACGCAGCAAACGGCUUCACCGAGCCAAUUCGCUCGACCCUCAACUGAGUGGACCUCAAAUGUCUGAGCUUCAGAAGCUGAAUGACCAGGUGACCGAGGCCGAGUACGACGGUUACUUUAUCGCAGCUGAGACCACGUUAUCCAACGAUUCCGAACACAAGAUCACUGUCAUCGAGAAACUUCCAGAGCCUGAGUCCGAAGAGACAGCCUCGACAUCAAAAGAAGAAGAAGAAGAAAAUUACGUUCAGAUCCGUUCACCGACUAGCAGGGAGAAGAUCUCCAUCAUGGCCGUCAUCGACCGCUGCCGAGCCUAUCAGGAAUCUGACGAAUACAAACAGAGAGAUGAGGGUAAAAGUAAAACUGUGAAGCCUCAAGAGCUCGACAAGACAACAGCGUCUUUGACCAGUCAGGACGAAGAGUCCAAGAAAACAAACGCGGGACAGAAGACGGAAGUUGGACAUCAGAGCAUCGUAAAGAACCUGAGAGAAAAGUUCCAGAGUCUGAGCUGAAGAACAUUUUUAUAAUACUGUGAGACGUUGAAUCAGCGAGGAACCCAAAGAACGUUUGUGUUUAAUUAUUUUAGUAGUGAACAGAUGAUGAGAUGACUUUAUUAUUAUUAUUAUUAUUAUGAAUUAGAAAACCAUGAGAUCGAGAUCAUUAUAACUCAAACUAAUUUGCCCAAAAAAUCUCUUGUGCUGUAAACACAACAGAUUAUUUGGUUUUGUUGAAUAUUUAGAAACAUGUAAAAUAUUUUUUAACGUAGAAAACGUCUUCAAUCAGGAAUGCUGCUGGAUGUUUUGUGUAUUUUCCUCUUCACACACAUUAAGAAUCAUCACUACACUGUAAAAGCUUCAUAUGUGACAGUUACAGCUGUUUUUUUACUGUAAAAAAAUUAAGCUAAAAAAUAACCACUAAAUUUUCACGUCACUUUGUUCAGUCACACGUCUGAAGCAUCACAGAGAUGUGAUGUUCCCUCAGUGCGUCAGGACAGCUUAGCUUAGCUUAGCUUAGCUUAGCUUAGCACAAAGUCGACGCAGGAGCAAAGCUUCAGGUGUGUUUGUAUGACAUCAUGUCAGAGUUUUAAUCAACAAACAUUAAGUUCACACGUUCAUUUUCCUUUAAUGUUUUUUUAGUCUGAACUUUUUCUGGUUUGAUGAAACUUUGUGUAAAAACACAAACUGUCUGAGUGUCGACGUACAGAGGACGAAACCUGCUUCAUCAAGAGAUCAAUGAAAAUAAACAACAAUUAGUGAAAUAAUCAUUUAACUGUUUUUUUAAAUAACUAUUAACUUCUCUUAGCAGAUUUUUAUAAGUAAGAAUUAUUUUCUUCAUGAGAAAAACAUGAAAAUCAACCUGGAUGUUUGAGUAUUAAUGAUGAUUAAUUGAGUUUAUUUCUGUUUUGGUUUGUUUUACUUUCUAAUUGGUCUGAAGUUUAUUUCAAUAAUUGAUUGACUCUGUGGUUUAUUGAUUUCCUGAUAAACAGCUGUUGUCCUCCAUACACACUAAUGACUAGUUUGAUUUCGUGCCUUGCUCAAAGGCACACUGGCAUAUUAGAGACUUGAAUUUGUGACUUUCAACGUCCUGUUUACUUCAAAUGAUUUAAACACAAAAACACACCGUUGUUCUCUGUGUGUGAGACCUCAGAGAACAUGUUUGAUUCUGUAUUAAAACCAUGUAAGCAGA